AGUGCGCUCCAGUCGUAGUGGACUCAUUGCUGCAGCCUUCCAAAAGGGCGAGGACAAAUUCAAGCUUAACGAGGCUUUUGACGAGACGAAGGCUGACGACCGGAAGACGAGUCUGGUUGUUUGUUUUCAAAUCGAGUUUGAAAACAAACCCUGGUCGUUUCCAAACAGAGUGGAAUUUUGAAAACAAACUUCCACUCUUCCACUCUGAGCAAAAUGGCUUGGGAUUAUUUUGGAUUUUUCCGCUCCGCAGAAAACCAGAAGAGUCCAUCUUCCACCACCAGCAUCAAAAAUGCAGCUGACAUCUCUGUUAUUAUCAUCUACUUUCUGGUUGUCUUGGCUGUGGGAGUUAUUGCUAUGGUCCGGACCAAUCGAUCCACUGUGGGUGGCUUUUUCCUUGCAGGGAGGAGCAUGGUGUGGUGGCCUAUCGGAGCUUCACUCUUUGCUAGCAACAUUGGCAGUGGCCACUUUGUAGGGAUUGCUGGUACUGCUGCAGCUUCUGGAAUUGCCAUUGGUGGAUUUGAGUGGAAUGCUCUUAUUGUUGUCGUCAUUCUGGGAUGGAUCUUUGUACCAAUCUACAUCAAAGCUGGGGUGGUCACCAUGCCUGAGUACCUGAAGAAGAGAUUCGGAGGACAGCGCAUCCGUAUUUAUCUUUCUGUGCUCUCCCUCUUCCUCUACAUUUUCACAAAGAUUUCUGCCGACAUGUUUUCUGGAGCCAUUUUCAUCCAGCAGGCUCUUGGACUGAACAUCUACGUUGCUGUUAUCGCUCUACUGGCAAUUACUGCGCUGUACACCAUCACAGGUGGACUGGCUGCAGUGAUAUAUACAGACACCUUGCAGACCAUCAUUAUGGUUAUUGGAUCCUUCAUUCUCAUGGGUUUUGCCUUCAAUAAAGUGGGGGGCUAUGAAAAUUUCGAGAGUAGCUACAUGACCGCAGUUCCCAAAAACAUCUCUAAUAUCAGCGCAGAGUGCUACGAGCCUCGGUCAGACGCCUUCCAUAUUUUCAGAGAUCCAAUAACAGGAGACCUGCCUUGGCCUGGCCUGGUAUUUGGACUCACCAUCCAGGCCACCUGGUACUGGUGCACUGAUCAGGUGAUUGUCCAGCGUUGCCUCUCUGCCAAGAAUCUCUCUCAUGUGAAAGCAGGUUGCCUUUUGUGUGGUUACCUGAAGCUGCUCCCCAUGUUUCUCAUGGUUUUUCCUGGGAUGAUAAGCAGAAUCUUGUAUCCUGAUGUGGUGGCGUGUGUGAUCCCGGAAGAAUGUCAGAAGUAUUGUGGAGCGAGCGUUGGAUGCAGCAACAUUGCUUAUCCCAAACUGGUUGUGGAUAUUAUGCCAAAUGGUCUGAGGGGUUUGAUGCUGGCAGUGAUGUUGGCCUCUCUAAUGAGCUCCCUCACUUCAAUAUUUAACAGUGCUAGUACUCUCUUCACCAUGGACAUUUAUACUAAGGUCCGUCGUCAUGCCAAAGAGAGGGAACUGAUGAUUGCUGGCAGGGUGUUCAUUGUGAUUCUUAUUGGAAUAAGCAUUGCCUGGAUCCCUGUGGUGCAGUCAGCCCAGAGUGGUCAGCUCUUUGACUACAUCCAGUCAAUCACCAGCUACCUCACUCCACCUGUGGCCGCUGUCUUCAUGCUCGGCAUGUUCUGUAAACGAAUUACUGAAAGUGGUGCCUUUUACGGACUCACAAUUGGGCUAGCAAUAGGAUUAUCCAGGAUGAUUACAGAGUUUAUCUACGGGACAGGGAGCUGUGUUAACCCGAGUAACUGUCCUGCCAUCAUCUGUGGAGUGCACUACCUCUACUUUGGGAUGAUCCUGUUUGCCAUCUCUUGCAUCCUCAUGUAUGGAAUCUCCCUAAUGACCAAGCCCAUCGAUGAUAAGCAUCUGUACCGAUUGUGCUGGAGUCUGAGGAACAAUACAGAAGAAAGAGUGGACAUUGAUCCAGAUGACUGGAUUGAGGAUCAGGACGAAGACGAUGGGAGUAAAAUGGAUCUAGAAGAACCUGAGGAAAAACCAAAUUUCUUCAAGAAAGCUCUAAUGUGCUUCUGCGGACUGGAAGAGAGCAAAAAAGCACCAAAACUUACUCCAGAGGAGGAAGCAGAACUGAAGAGGCAGCUAACAGAUACAACAGAGAAGCCUCUCUGGAGGAACAUUGUCAAUGUAAAUGCUGUCAUCCUCCUGGGUGUCGCAGUGUUUUUUCACGCAUACUUUGGUUAGUCAAACCCCAUAAACAUUAAAUGGUCCCUGGAUACUGUAAUUUAUUUUUGCUUGGAUUUAAAUGAUAACAAAACCAUUGACACUGAUCCCGUUAAUGUUUUCAUUCUUCCAACUGAUCUCACAUAUUUUUAUAAAAGCACCUUCCUUUUCAGGAAAACUUUUUCCUGGUAUUUGUCACCUGGAGUGAACCAGUAAAUGAUGUUGUAACAUAUUAACACAUCAAACUUGUUAGGAUGUCCAAAUUCUCACAUAUUUGUUUUUUUCGAUAUCAUCUUAUUGUAUUUGUACAUAUCUUUGUUGUGGUGGAAAGAGAGCAGUUCUGUAAUUGAGAACAGCUUAUCUAUGUCGCAUCAAACUGGCUUCUUUUUAUUUUCCCAUAGAGUUAGAAAAUGUAUUUUUCUGCACACGUUAGACGAUAAUUCGUUUUAUCUGCAGUUCCUUGUCUUUUGUGACUGAAAACAUAAACUCCUUUUAAUUUUCUUAAGUUUACAGAAAAUUGCUGUUUAUAUCACCAGAUGCUACAUUAAGUCAUUGUAAAAGAGGGACAACAUGACAAAAACCAUUUACCUGGAAGAAGUUAGUAAUAUUUAACCAGUCCAGGACAAACAAGAUGAUUACAAAUUCCCUCAGAAUGUAUGUGUGCUACCUCAUUCAUCGACUUCUGCUGGGUUUUCUUAUAAUGUGUGCUCAAAGUCCACAAGUACUGUCACUUCUAACUUCCAUAAACCUCACAGUGUGUGUUGUUUUAGGUGUUAAUGAGUAAAGCUAUCUCAGGGAGAUAGAGUUAGGAAUUAUUGGAAAGCAGUCAGACACUCUCUUUGCUUCCACCUAGUGGUGUAAAAUGAUUUGUAAGUAAAUAAAAUGUAAAGUAGAUUUUCA